CUCUCCAGACCAUCUGCACAAUAAGAGUCACUGAGAGAGACACCGCCUCCCUCUCACUGCCAGAAACAGCAGCACUCUGAAACAAACUAGAAGACACAGAGAGAGAAAGAGAGAGAGAGAAAGAUAAGGAGAGACAGAGAGACAGAGACAGAGAGUCGUUCUCUUACUCAGCACCAUGGAGGUCACAGUUGGAAGAAUCGGCAGGCAGCAGCAGCAGAAGUCAGUUCUGGGUGAGGAAAAGCUCCAAAUGUGGGAUCUCAACAAAAGACUGGAGUCUUACCUCUCCAAGGUGAAGUUCCUGGAGGAGGAGAACGAGCUCCUGCGUGGAGAGAUAGACCACCUGAAGAAGGACCAAGGGGCCCGAUCGCGGAAGGAUGCCCUUGAGGAGGAGCUGAGGCAGGCCAGGGAGCAGGUAGAGGAAGCCUGGAGGAGGAAAGACCGUGCCGAGCUGGAAAGGGACAACCUGAGGGAGGAGAUGGAAGGAGUGAGAGCCAAGAGGCACAAGGAAAUCACAGCCCGAGAAGCGGUGAAGCAGAGGCUGAGGGAAACCAGCAAGGUCCUGGAAGAAGAACGAAGGAGUCAGAUCUGGAUGAGGGAGAAGGCUGCCCAGCUGGAGAAGGAGCUCCAGCUAAUGACGGAGGUCCAUCAAGAGGAAACGUCGAGCUUGAAGACCCAGAUCUCUGAAUCCAGCAAGAAAUGCGUGGCUCCCAACAGCUUCUCCUCCUCCCCUCGACUGGGAGAUCUGGGCUUGGAUUAUUCUGCAAGGGCUGUGGAAACGUGGAAGAUGGUCACAGAGGCUUAUCAGAACCAGAUGGCCCGCCUCGAGGACACGCUGGCCCAAGCCAGGGCACGGCUAGCCCAGAUUUUGGAGGAGAAGAAGGAGGGCUACCUAAGGGCGCAGAGCUUGACUAAAGAGCUGGAGGGAGCUCGGGCGAGGAAGGAGAUGCUGGAAGAGAAGGUCUCCAAGCAGUGGGGCAGGCAGCAGAGAGAGCUGGAGAAGAUUCAGGCAGAGGUCGAGAGAUUAGAGAGAGAGAAGCAGUCGCUGGACGCGCAGAUGGCCGUCAUUCUCUCCGACAAACAGAACCUCACGCAGCUCAAAAUGUCACUGAGCCUGGAAGUGACCACUUACAGAGUUCUUCUUGACUCUGAGAGCUGGAGGAUUCAAGACUUCAAAACGGGCCUCCUCCACAAAGAUGGCUGCUUGGAGUCAAGUUUGAAGGAGCUUCGAGGAAGGGUCGGGACUCCGCUCACCGCUCGUCCCCAAAGUAGCUCAGUCCGUGUGAAACUCGACGUGAUUGACGUCAGGGGUCCGCAAUGCACCCCCCCUCCAAAGCCCAAUCCGAAGACCACCACGCCAGUCACAGCCAUCGAUAAGAGCCCCCUAGAAACCCUGGGAAGCACCCUUGUUGAUCCAUCUCUGAAAGAGAAUAUUAUUCAGGAGAUCAAAACAGAAGGAUUCAGCGUGAUGGAGAAGGUGAUGGUUGCUGCCGACUCUACCAGGCAGGCAGCUUUUCAAACACCAGGCGACAUCCAGGAUAAAACAUCUUCUGAAGACCAGGGAGAUCUUUUCGGAGAUGACGUGAAGACCCAGGCUUUGACUGAGCCGGCAGAGGACAACCUUCCCAGCAUGCACCCUGACGAACCAGAAUGGGGUCAGAGCUUUGAGGAUCAGCUGUCGUACGCCUUGGGUAACAUCAAGGACGAGGACAGAGCUUCACCAGAAGCCCCCUGUGAAGACCCCUCAGUUGUGAAAGACGACCUGAUCUUCGAAACGUACCGCCAAUACACGGCCAUCUCUCAAAGCACGGCUCUGGAAGUAUCAUCUCAGGCUUGUCCUGAAGUCCUUGCAGGUGUGGAAGCGAGUGUCAGGGCUGAAAUCAGUCAACCUCAACCGGAAGAAGCAGAAGCCUCUAAACCCAGCGGGGAUGUGGAAGAGGAAAGAGUUGAGGACAGCAAGAAUGGAGAUUCUCCUUCAGGAGCUCAGCAGGCUAUGAUGGAGAAAUCAAAGGAGGGACAUCCAUCCAGAACCAAGGAGGGGCGAGUGACCGUAGAGGAGACUGAGAAGGUUUUGGUGGCAGAUCUGAGCCAUGAAGAGGCGCGGCUUAACUCAGAGGAUAACACAGAGACGCACAGCGGCGACACAGGCACUGUAAAGCACACUGAUGAAUUAAUGAAGCCCCAGGCGGCUAUAACCACAAAUCUUGUGCAAGAAUUGAAGACAGAGCUUCAUACUGACCAGGUCAAAUUAGGAGAAACUGACCCAGAAGAUGAUCUUUGCUCGCAAGAAAAAAAGCCAUCCUUGACCGAAGAGACAGGAGAAGAGGACAAAAGCCUCUUGGAAAAACCUGAAGGUGAAACACAUAGAGAAAUGGAAGCAGAAGAGAGUCCCCGGGACUUGGGUUCUACUGACAGCAGCCUGGAUACCAGCGAAGAUGCUUCUGAAUUGAACCACGAUGAACACGUGGAGACGGACACCAUGCUAAAGGGCCCAUCGCAAGCUCUUGAGCCGUCUCUAUCACCAACAGCACAGGAGGCCACAUCAAAGACCGAGGAGAUUGGAGAUAGCAGCGACCAUGUGAGCUCCGAGACAGAAAGGGACGAUCCUUUCGAGGAAGAACAAGCAGCAGAACUGCUGGUCGGUGAUCAAGCAACGCCACUGGGAGAAAACAAAGUUCCCGACGUGGCGAGAGAGAUUUCCACAGAGGAAUUUGUUGGGAAAACCGAAGCCGAGCUGGAAGUUUUUGUCGAGAAGAUGGAUAAGGGGGGUAAUGAUGGACCAGAAGACGACUUCAACUUAGACGCGCAGCUCAAGCUGAGUUCAGCACACCCUGACCAGUGGGCUUGCUUGGAUGCAGCCGAGUCUCCCAGUGUCUCCCAGUCCUGGAGAGUGGAGGGAGGAGAGCUGGACAGCAAUGACAGCUACGCCCUUGAAAAUACAGCGGCCGACACCCGAACCCUGAUCAGGUAUGAGAGCGAUGAAGACGUGGGAGAGGCGACUGUCCCAGGUUCGAUAUCGGAAGAUGCAGAAGAUGACUUGAUUGCUACUAAAGGAGGAGAAGAAGAAACAGGUUCAGAACUUAAUAUCAGUUCUGCAAAGGAGGAGAAUGAGAAGAACGACGAGAACCUGGCCAGUUUGCAAGAAGGAGAUGAGAUGAAAGAAGAGAAACACCUGGCUCAGGAAGCUGGUGUUCCCACCGAUGAAUCAGAGGAUGAUUCCGAAGGCGAGGUCUUGCCUGACUCUCAACCAGAAGAAGCUGAAGAAGGAGCUUUAGAGAAAAGAGCAGAAAAGCUUGAGCUGUGGACGGAGGAUUUCGAAAACGCUGCGAAGGACGGAGCUCCGACCAGAACAGUUGACGAGCACGAUCAGGGGGAGGUGUUUGUGGAAGGGAAUGCAGAAGCAGGUAAAAGCAAAGACUUGGCGGAGAGCGAGUUAGAAACAGAAGAGGAUUCGGCUGAGGAUGGAGAAGUUAGCUUGCCACACGAGAAAGAACUAGACCUGAAAGUAGACAAUGAAACAAACACAGACAGGGGAUCCCACACUGAACCAGUGCUGGAGGAGGACACACAGCUUGAGCUGGACAAUGAAGUGCAGAAGGGAUUUCACAGUGAGGAGCUAGAGAGAGCGCAGGAGGUGGAAUCACACCAUGAAGAAGAAGAAGAAGAAGAAUCCCACAGUAAAGAAAGUGAGACUAGACUGGAGGGGGCUGAUAAUGAGAGAGACCAGGAAUCUCUCACUGAUGUCAUGGAGACAGCACUGAAGGGAGACACAGAGAUCAAAACGGACCAGCCACCAGAAGAUGGGGAAUUCCACACUGAAGAAAUAGAGAAGGGACUAGUCACUGAGACAGGCAAUCUAGUCACGUCCCCACUGGGAACAAAGGUGGACGAUUGGGUGCCUGUGGCAGAUGAAGAUGGAGAAGAUCAGGAUUCUGAAGAGGGCUGGCAGGCAGAUAAGCAAUCCACAGGUUCACUCUUAGAUCCAAACCCUGAUUCAGCUGAGGAGUUGAUCGAACCUGUUGCAGACUCUGGAGAUCACAUAGGAGGCAGAACUGAAGAGGGCCAUCAGAAUCUCUCCAUGCUGACCAAUGUGGAUUACAUGGAGGAGCUUUCCCUACCCAGCGACCGCUGCAACACCUCCGGCAGCUUAUCUGGAGCCAACCUGUAUUCCGAAGGAUCAUACAGUUCUGAGGACGAGUCUCCCAAUGCCUCGCAGGUACUGCCAGGCAAUGAAACCCAAGCUGAGACAGAGGGGCAAAAGCCCAUUGAUCGCCAGCCAGCAAGCGAUUCCGAAGAUUCGACGGCAGACUCUUUGGAAGGGGUUGCAUCUCAGGUGUUCCAAAAUGAAGAAAGAAGCCGCUCGAUUUCCCCUGUGGAGGUGUGGACGGAAAGCAUGCAGCCUGAAAAUGAAGAACAGGAGGUUCUGGAGACAUGUGACCCAAGUCUGUGGCAAGCUAGAGACCCUGUUUCAGUGGGUAAGGAAGCUGAUGAGGGUCUCCACAAGUUACCUGGAGAUCUGGCAACUGAAGAGACCGUGGCAGAUGAAUACAAGAGCUCUUUCCAGAACUUCUGGGAGUCCCCAAGCAGCACCACAGCUGAAAUCGACAUCUUCCACUCUGAUCCGAAAGACAGCAAGCCCACCAGCAAUGGACAGCAGAGGGAGAAUGGAGACCCAAUGCUGUUGAACACAAGUUCUAUAAAUGGGAAGCACUGGGAUGAGAAUGCGGAAGCCUGGAGAAGCACAGAAGGAGGGUUCUUAGAUGUUCAGGGAGACGCCUCGGGUGGGAAGACUGGACUUGACGAUCAAGUGAACCCCGAGGUCCAGCAGCAUUGGGGGCAGAUGACGGCUCAGAGAACGGAAUUCACAGAGGAUGGGGGAGAAGAUCGGAAGGCGGGCUUUGAAGGAGGUGAUGCUUCUCCGAUCCGCAAGACGGAGAAGAUGGCAAACGCCGGCGAGGCUGUCUCCGCGCUACUAGUAGAAGGAGACCACCCCCAGGACAGCGCCAAAGGGGUCUUCUAUGGAAUCAGGGGGCACGAAGAGCUGCAGCAUUCAGGUGAUUCCCUUGAGGAACACGACUCCUGGUCUUCAGAGGGGGAGUAAGAAGGAUGCUGGGAGUUAAAGCAAUACAACACACAAGCCAGCUGGUUUCACAGAUCCAGGUGAGCACCAAUCUUGGUCGACCGACAGUAACGGUGAAACCAGCCUUAGCUGGUGAGUUAUUAUAGCUUUUCACUCCAAACUAAAAAUGAUUCGAUUUUGUUCUGCAAGACACGCUCUGCUUUUAAGUUACUAGGGGCUGCGUGCUGAUUGGUUAAUCAAUGCGAUUCGCAUGGUUUGACUGGAAGGAGGGAUGUCAUUCAAUCCGGGACUAUAGGAUCCUAAUAAACGCAAUACGGCCGCAGCUGGAGAAACUUUUCUCCAGACAUGCGGGAGAAUCACAUUUGAAAGACCAGCUGCCAGGGCUAGGGUUCGCACGCUGGACGCUUUGCAAUGACGACUCUCCCCAGAAACGAGUUCCAGCUCAUUCAAACAGACUCUGUCGUCCUGCAGGCCUGCUUGCUAUUCUGAAGCGUUCAGAAAAUAAACUUACUUUGACUCGCUUUCCCUUUCA